AUGAGCCGCCAAUUUAGCUCUCAGUCAGCAUUUAGCUCCAGGAGCAGGCGGUUUUACAGCACUGGUUCUUCUGCAGGCUCUGGUGGGGGGAGUCGAGCUGUGGGGUCUGUGUGUCAGGUCCGAGGCAGGUGUGGUGGUGGUGGUGGUGGUGGUGGUGGUGGAUAUGGAAGCCAUGCCAGGGGGUUUGGUUCUAGGAGCCUCUACAAUCUGGGAGGCAGUAAAAGCAUCUCCAUUAGCUUAGUGGGGAGAAGUGCCAGUGGUUUCUGCCAGGGUGGGGGAGCAGGAGGGAGAUUUGGAGGAGGGGGCAGAAGUUUUGGGGGAGGUGGAUUUGGAGGUGGUGGCUUUGGGGGUGGUGGCUAUGGAGGAGGUGGUUUGGGGAGUGGCAAUUUUGGGCUUGGGGGCUUUGGUCCUUCCUGUCCCCCAGGGGGCAUCCAAGAGGUGACUAUUAACCAGAGCCUCCUUCAGCCACUUCACUUGGAGGUGGAUCCUGAAAUUCAGAGAGUCAAGACCCAGGAGCGGGAGCAGAUUAUGGUCCUCAACAACAAGUUUGCCUCCUUCAUUGACAAGGUGCGAUUCCUGGAGCAGCAGAAUCAGGUGCUACAAACAAAGUGGGAGCUGCUACAGCAAGUCAACACCUCUACUCAGACGAAUAACCUGGAGCCCAUCUUGGAGAACUACAUCAGUGAGCUGCGGAGGCAGGUGGAUUUUCUCAGUGCUGAGCAGAUGCGCCAGAACACAGAAGUUAGGAACAUGCAGGAUGUCGUGGAGGACUACAAGAACAAAUACGAGGAAGAGAUCAACCGGAGGGCCAACACUGAAAAUGACUUUGUCGUCCUGAAGAAGGAUGUGGAUGCUGCUUACAUGAGCAAGGUAGACCUGGAGUCCAAGGUGAAUGUUCUCUUUGGAGAGAUCAGUUUCCUGAAGUAUUUAUUUGAGAUGGAGCUGUCCCAGAUGCAAACCCACAUCAGCGACACCAAUGUCAUCUUGUCUAUGGACAAUAACCGCUUCCUGGACCUGGACAGCAUCAUCGAUGCGGUGAGGACCCAGUACGAGCUGAUCGCACAGAAGAGCAAGGAUGAGGCCGAGGCGCUGUACCAGACCAAGUACCAGGAGCUCCAGAUCUCAGCGGGAAGACACGGAGACGAGCUGAAGAACAGCAAGAUGGAGAUCGCUGAGCUCCACCGCACUAUCCAGAGGUUGCAGGCAGAGAUCAACAACAUCAAGAAGCAGAUUGAGCAGAUGCAUAUGGCCAUUUCGGAUGCAGAGGAGAGAGGAGAGCAGGCCCUUCAGGAUGCACGGCAGAAGCUGCAGGACAUGGAGGAGGCCCUGCAGCAGUCCAAGGAGGAGCUUGCCCGACUGCUGCGAGACUACCAGGCGCUGCUGGGGGCCAAGCUGUCCCUGGACGUGGAGAUCGCCACCUACCGCAAGCUGCUGGAGGGCGAGGAGAGCAGGAUGUCAGGGGAGCUGCAGAGCCACGUGAGCAUCUCUGUGCAGAGCAGCCAGACCACCAUCAGCGGCGGCGGCCGAGGCUCUGGAGGCUCCGGCGGAAGUUACGGCGGAGGCUCGGGCCGAGGCUACGGGGGCUCCGGCGGCGGCGGCUCCCGUGGGGGCGGCGGCAGCUACGGCGGGGGCUCCCGAGGGGCCAGUGGAGGUGGUUACGCGGGUGGCGGCGGCGGGAGCUACGGAGGGAGCAGCCGGAGCAGCAGCAAGUACGGGGGCAGAGGCGGCGGCGGCUCGUCCCGCGUGCAGAUCAUCCAGACCUCCACCAACACCUCCCACAAGCGAAUCGUGGAGUAG